AUGUUUAGAUCAACAGUUAAAUUCAUUACAAAUGGAGCAACUCCAAGAUACAGUCAUUUAAAUAGUGGCAUAUAUUCUAUGAGCAAAGCUCAACUCUUUUAUUCUACUUCAAACAACAACACCAACAACAAGAACAACAAAAAUACAGAGACCAAAGAAGAAAAGAAGGAAAACAACAACACUAAAGACAAGACCAAUGAAAAUAACAACAACAAUGACAAGACCAAUGAAAAUAACAACAAAACAGAUGACAAGACAUCAAGAGCCAAGACUGUUCUUUCAAUUGCAUCAGCUAGUUUCUUUACUGGUGUAAUCUUUUCAGCUACUGCUGGUUUUAUGUUAUACCAAUACAAAAAGGAUAUUUCAGAUGAAGAAAAAUACGAAUUGACAAAGUUCCAAAGUGUUGUAUUGAGCGAGUUUGCCGUACCAUUCAGAGAGUUCUUUGACAACCUCUUUAACAAUCUCAGAAAAUACGAACUCUUUGACCAAUUGUUUGGUCCAGCCGAGAUUCAUCACAUUCUCCCUGCUCCACUUCCAAAGGGUCUCGGACGUGAAUACACCAUUGUCAUUGAUAUCGAUGCUCUCUCUGAAAUCUCUCAACGUGAUAAAUACCCUGCCAUCUACAAGAGAGCCGGUUACGAUUACUUUUUAACCAACCUUGCUCAACAUUAUGAAGUCAUCUUAUAUACUAAUCAAAUGCAAGGACCUAAAACCGAACAAAUCAACUUUAAAUUAGAUCCACAACAUGCAUAUUUCACUGGACAAUUACAUGGAGAUUGUGGAUUAAAGGAAAGAGGAAGAUAUUCAAAGCAUGUAGAAAUGUUGAAUAGAGAUCCAAGCAAGGUUAUUCUCCUUGACAGUACACCAGCAUACGAUCACGACAAUGUCAUCAAUGUUGGUAGAUUCCAUCCAAAUCAAAAGGAUACCACUCUUGUCAAAUUGUUACCAGUCCUUCUUGAUAUUGGUCAAAAGAAGGCUGAUGUCAAGGAAGCUCUCAAAUGUUUCCACAAAAAGGAUUCAAAGGGACAAACACCAGACAUUGAACAUGCCAUCAGAGAAUACACUGAAUUAAAUGGAAUGCAAAAAAAGAAUACCAAUAACUCUAACAAAAAAUUAAAGAUGCAAGAAAAACACGGUUUAUGUAUGUUAAACAUCCUCUUGUAUGCCCUUGUCACAAGAAAUGAGGAAUGA